CAACCGUAGCGCGUUUAAAAGCUGGCGGAGCUUGAAACUUGUCGCUUGUGCUUGGUGAAAGUGAUCGCAAAAUGUGAAAACAAUUUUUUCUGGCUUUGAAAUCUGGCGGAGAAAAUUAUGGACGCGGACAACUACACCCAAAACGUCCAAAACGACGUCCCGCCCGAAGUUUGGGAAAUCAUCCACGAGUUUUUGCUCGGCCAAGCGAACCCGAAACUAGAUCUGCGGAAACCACAUCUUAGACCUUCUGUAGCGAGCAGUUACCCUUUCAUAUUGUUCAUGUACUCCCUUUUGAUCGUCACGGGAGUGGCGCUCAACGUUUCGGUUUUCAUCCACAUCGUAAGAAAUAAACUUCAAAACGAUGUCACUUGUAGUUUCGUCCUCAACAAUGUCAUUAGUGAUAUUGUCAAAUGUGUGGUAGUUUUGCCCAUAACGCUCUACGUUCUGUUGAUUAAUAACUGGAUUCUGGGCGAACUGCUCUGCUCGUUUCUGCCCAUGUUGCAGGACAUUCCAAUGCAUACAACGACUCUAACGUUCCUGUUGAUGGCAUGGGACAGACUCCGGUUUAUUAGACACCCAACGAAAGCACGUUUUCCAGCUUUUGUCUGUAUUAUUGGAACAUGGCUAGCGUCUGUGUGCUUAGUGCUGCCCUAUCCCAUCUACAUUAUUUAUAUCGAUUUGGGGAAAUACGUCCCAUCAUUGGAUGGUGUGGGAAUUUGUCUCGUCAACUUGGCCGACGACAUGCAGGAAUAUAUGCGAGGAAUUUUCCUGAUAAUGUAUGCGGCUCCUCUCGCCACUAUUUCUUACUUAUACGUAAGAGUUUCCCGCGAAUUGCAGACUCAGCAGAGUUCCCUGACAGUGAUAAAAUUUGAAACUCGGCGAGAAGGACGUUCCAGGACCGAUUCGCACUCGACGACAACGGAUUUCCGAAGCAGCCGUGGCGAUUACGACCGUUCGAGUCAAUACAGCAGAAGUAGUUAUCGCGAUCACGAAAACGGCCGCACACGGUACGAAAACGAAGAGCCCGACUUGGAUGUGGCUAAAGAGAAACGCACUCAGAAGUACUUAGUCCCGAUGGUUACCCUUUACGCUAUCUACUUGUGUCCUCUAAUGAUCCUCCGCUUGGCCCGUCUCGUCCUUCCCGAGACGUACGAAAAUAAUAAAAACUUUGACAUUUCGUACACAAUGUUCGUGUGGGUGGCGUUCGCACCCACCUGUUCCACUCCUGUCCUUUACAUCGUUUGGCAGAUGAACAGAUCUUCAAAGGAGCGUUUGUUGGGAUACUUCCGAUUCAGCAAUCGGAAGCUGAGACAGUCGUGCGAAACGGUAAUAACAGCUGCCGGGACCCCAGCCGUGCCAAGAGCGAAAUGCGGUCAGACUGAGUCGAUUGUACACCAGGUGGAUGAUGGGCAUUCGGACAACAACAGUUUUCAGCACGAUUUUCCUUCGUCCUGAUGAUAUAAAGGGAGGCAUCACUCAAUGGGGAAUUCCUGUCUCUUCCGAGUGGAACAAUUGAUUUGAAUCGGCUCCAUCGCACGUUUUUGUGGAGAGCCGUUCAUUGUACUCGAUGUAAAAUGUCAGCGUGAUCGGUCUGACUGUAAUAAUGCGAAAUAUCCAGCGAGUUUCGAUACUGUGUCUAUUUUUACUUGUUGUACGUCACAAUUUACAGUUGGAAAAAAAUUAAUUGUGAAGAGCAUCACUUCAAAAAACGAACUGCAACAUUUUUCCCUCGAUGAUAAAUUUCAAGGGCAGAUUUUACGACGCAGGUUAAUGUCAGAUUUAAGUAUUUUAAGGCCACCUGGAGAUUUAUUCUUUUUUUAAUGUCUCCUUUGGCAAAAGCUUUCCGGUGGAAAGUAUGAGAAGGGUCGAGGGUUGUUUGUGGUCGGAAUUUAAACCCUUAAAACAUAAAUUUAUUAGAGUUCCCUCUCAGAUAUACCCAUUUUUAACAAUGUUGUUACUUGUUAACAUAUACAGGGAGAGUCUACCACGAGUAUUAUUUACUGUAUCUCUAAAAUUAGUAGUCUUUUUACUUAGGAAAGUCAAAUUAAUUGCGAAUUAGAAGCUAUCUAGCGACAAUAUAAAAAAAAUUAGAAAAAUUCUGAAAAAACUUACGUGCAUAGAAAAAAAAGUACUACAGUAAAACCUCUUAACAACGGUUCACGGUGUAAAUUCUUUAAUUGUCCAUUGUGGAGCGGUGUCCUCAAAUGAGAGAUGGACAAUUUUUAAAUUGCCAUCAUUCUAUAAACGGCCCACCAAAUUUUAAAUCAGUAGCAAAAAUACAAUCUGUCUAUAAAUGAAUGUAUAGUCCUCCAAAUGGGGUAAGGUUAUAUGGCCCGAGUAUCGUAGUAGGUAUUAAGAAUUUGCCGCUUCUUUCCAAAAAAAAACGAACAAUCUUAGUAUAUGAAAAAUUUGGUUUUAUUGGUUUCCUGAGUAGAUAAAAAUUGGUAUUUUUCAGAAAUUUCAUAGAAAUAAAAUAAUUAAAUGCAGCAAAUUUGAAUUCAAGAACCACCUCAGAUCCUACACUCUUUUAUAAGCAGUCUGUAUAUUUUACAAAAAAAAUGUUUUACUCGUACGCAGAGUUCUUGGGUAAUAAUAGUAUGUAUGUUACAUGGAUUAAAAAUAUGUUUUGUAUAGGUUUAGGUGUGUUUUUUGAUUUUUUCAAUUUUUUGACUAUGUUAAUAUCAGAUUCGUGACAGUCUAAAGAUUUUUUAUUGAAGUUUUUAUUUUUAGGUAAGUAUAUUUUAACGAAAGUCUUUUUAAAAUUCUAUUAAAAUUGUUGAAAAAGGAAUUAAACAGAUUUUUUACCUAAAAUCUUCAAUUUUUGUUUGGUUGUUUUUGGGAAUCAUGUUUUUUAUAAUAUUUUUUAUUGGUACUCCAUUUUGCUUGUUAAAAACACGCUGCAGUGCGUUUUUUUUAAGUGUCCAUGCCAACAACAAUAACUCAAAAAACGUGAAGUAUAAAUGGCAUCUUAUUCUUAAUGAUUUUUUAUUAUAAUGUCCAUCAAUUCUAUGACAACGAAAGGUAUACUGAUCUCACAUUACAUUAUUUCCAAUUUUUCUAAUAUUAAUAUCAGUAUUUAUGAUUUCAAAGUGUACCAAUAAAAAAAAUAACGUAAAGUAUUCGUGGAUAACUGGUCUUUAAAACACUUGCUCUAUUUCGAGCACUUCGACUACGCCGUAGUGCUCUAAAAAUCGCGCGUGUUUUAUUGACUUCAAUAUUCACUUAAACUUUAAUAUACAUUGUGUUUUUAAUUGAAUGUCAUCUAGUUAACUUUGAAAAUUGUGCCGUUCUGCUCAAUUGAAUCCUCUGUCAGUAAAUGUCGCAUCUGUCAGUUGAGAAAUUCACUUAAUUUCUUUUAAAAUUUUUGUUAAAAUGCAACUUAAUUGUUACACCGUACAAGAAAACACUUUUAUUAUCGAAGCUUAUUUCCGUAUUAGAGACAUAGUAAAUAGAGAAUGAUAAUAUUCGAUGUCUAAAUGCCUGUCAUUAGUAAUAUGAAGCGGCAUUUUCUGAUUUUACAUGAGACGACUAGAUGAGAAUCAUUUAAAAACACAUUGUACUAUUUUACAUGAUACAUAAUGCUAGCUAUUUUUAACACGUUCAAAAUAUUCAGACAGCAUGAGUUUACUGUGGUUCUAAGGCAAGUUUUCCCUUUAUGAAAAUCGUCUUCAUCGAUUUUGUUAUCACGUUUUUCUAAAAAAAAAUUCAUGCACUCAUUGAUAUUUAAUUAUGGAUUUUCGUCAUAGAAUUUUUUAUUAAUUCCCACAAGGUUCUUGAAACAAAUAUUCGUUCUUUGCACCAUCAGUCAUCUCAUCAGUGUCAUCACUCAUCACUCUGUCGGUCUGUCCGUUGUAAGAGGUAAAUUUAUAUGAUAUUAUGGUAAUUGGGGAAUGUUUUUGUCCGUGUCCGCUAUACAGAGUAUCCGCUGUAGAAAGGUUUGUUACAUUAUUUUUCGAUGCUUUUGUUAAUUUCCUACAAAAGUAUCCGUUAUUCGGCGGUGUCCAUUAAGGGAGGUUUUACUGCAUUUAAUAAACAAAUGCUGGUUUCUGUGUUGUUAUUAGUUUUUGAGAUACAUGAAAUUAUACUUUUAGCAGACACCUUGUAUUAUAGACGUAGACAGAAAAAUAAUUAUCCAAAACAGGAAGCAACGUUUAGGUUUACUGCAAUAGGAGUUUCCACAUAAUAGUACUAUUUAUGUUUUAAUUUCUUUUGAACUGGUGCUUUACACACAUUUAGGGUUUAAUUGAAUUAAUUCACAUACACAAACAAUUACCCAAUUUUGUGGUAAUAAUGCUUGAAACAUUAAAAUGGAAUUUUAUCAUAUUUUUACUUAAACAGACAUUAUCGGUGUGUAUUUGCUGGCAAACUUCGUAUGUAUAUAAUCGAUUUAUUUAAACUAACUCAAAUGAAUCGAAAAUGCAUUACAUUAAUUAAAAGAUAUACAAAUGUUAUAACAGCUUAAGAUUUUAUAGUUGUUUAAUAAGAGCAUGCCAUUUUUUGUCGUGAAAAACCGAGUUUCAAUAAAAAAUCCACUCGGAAUAGCUUUUUUGUUAUGUUAGUGGAUUCUUUUGAUUGAAACUUGAUGUGUAUAGAAACCUAAUACGAGACUCCAUUUUCACACGGUUUUUGUUGUGAUAUUGUUAUUUAUAGAUUGUGACAAAAUUAGCUACUUAAGCAUUUAAUAAAUAAUAUUUUAUUUAAUUA